AUGAUGGAGAUGAUAAUCGAGAAGCAGAUAUUCGGGGCCAGAGAUUUGGAGCAGCUUUUGCAGUGUUUCUUGUCUCUCAACUCCGGUCAUCACCACAGGAUCAUCGUCGAGGUUUUCGCCGAGAUUUGGGAACCCCUCUUCUCCACCUGGUCGUGA